AUGAUCUUCCUUCCGCCCCUCAUAUCACAAACCCUCCCCUACUUAGGAAUGGGCUCCAUCUUCGAGCACAUUUCCGUAGUUUUCACAAAGAAACGUCGCCUCCUUCUCUUUGGAGCUGUUGCGCUGCUGGCAAGCGCCACACCAAUCUCCGUCUCCCUGCACCCGAAACUCCAAUGCCGCCUCCCAAGCUGGCCGUCAUUUCUGUUGAAGAACGUUAGCUGGGCCAGUUGGUUGUCCUCUUCGUGGUUUCAUUGUCGAAUCCGGCCUCUCCUCGAGCGCGUUGCACGCCUCGUGAAACGGUCACGGUACGAUCGAUAUCGGACCCCGGAGGAUGAAGCGAGGUAUUGGGAGCAAGCAGAGAGAGGAAGGAAGGUCCUCGAACGCUCUGAUGCGCGGUUCGUUGGUGCAGACAGAGUACAGAAACCCUUGCCUGAAUUACCGCCACUGGUGAUAUACUACACCCCUGCACUUCCACCUCUGUAUCGGGAUACGAGGUCGCAGGAGGAAAGGAGGCGGAAAAAGAAAGAAAAAAGAAGGUACUAUAUCUCUUCGAAGACGUAUUGCAAGUGGCAUCGCAUGGUAUUCCCCAACUCGGUGAGCAGGAAAUGCGUCUCCGGUCCGCUCUGGGCGCUCAUCGCACUCCAGGAGCAUCCCACAAUUUCGCAGGCAUCGAAGUACAGAGCAGAAAAGACCUCGGAUGAGCUGCGAGAGAUUCAUAGAAUCUCACAGAUGCUUCCAGACGAUGCUGUUUUUGCGCAUCCAGGAAAUCCCGAACCGAAGAUAUCCUCCAAAUACCACAGAAUUUGGCAGGAGUGGAAAGCCGCACGUCGAUAG